AUGGAUGUUGAAAAAUUAAUUAAUUUAAUUUAUGAAAAAAAGCCUCUGUGGGAUAUGACCGACAAAUCAUAUCACAUGAGAGACAUACAAAGAAAAUUGUGGCAAGAAGUGGCAGUUGAAAUGAAUACUAAGGUUGAUGAAGUAAAAUCAAAAUGGAGGGGGCUGCGAGACACAUUUCGAAAGGAAUUCAACAAGUCGAAAAAACAGAAAUCUGGAGAUGGUGCAGAAUCGGUAGUUACCUCCAAAUGGCCAUAUUAUAAAAUACUGUUGUUUUUAUCUAAAACUGUUGAACGACGUAAACUGCAUGGAAAUAUAUCUCCGCAAAAGGAAAACAAUGACAACUCUUCUUCCGAGACAGAAUCGACAUUGGAAGCUGCAGACAAUGCAUACUCUGACACUCAAUCCACCAUUCAAGAGUCAUCACAGCAAAUUGUAAAUACAGAUAUUCACCAGCCAUCCACAUCUGGUAACAAGGUAACAAGUACAUUCAAUAAACCUAGUAGUUCAACUUUGCAAAGUAAGAAAAACACAAACAAUCGUCUAAAAUAUGCUAAGAAUUCCGAGACAAAUUCAAUGGACGAAAAGUUCCUCGAAAUAGAAAGAGCCAAAUUGGAAAUAUUGUCUCAACAUAAAAAUAGAGAAGGGGGUGAUAGUGAACACCAAUUCCUACUAAGUCUCCUGCCAUUUUUAAAGGCUGUACCUCACAAUCGACAAAUGUUGGUGAGAAGUGCACCAUAUUUGCUGCCAGAAGAACUGCUUGCCGAUGUAUCCAAUCAUGUUCCUGAUGGAUCGCCAAUCCUGAUCUCAGUAACACCGGCAUGCCCUCCACUAAUACCGGUACCACCACCACUUCCUAAUGAUGUACUUCCGAAGGAACCUAAAGCCCCAGUAGACAAGGUUCUCAGCGAUUUCCCGGCGACCAUUUACUUCCCGGCUUCGGUUAUCUCGGCGCUCUAA